AGAACCUUGGGAAUUGGAAGAACUCCUUGACUACGGAGGGGGCAAAAAAAUAGAAAAAACCCCAAAUCCUACAACACCCACAACUGGCUGAAGUUUGAGGGAAGAGAAGAUCAGACUGGGAGCCACCUCUCCCGAAGGAGUGGCAAACGGGUGUGCUUGCUGUUCUUGACCGGGCCUGCUUGAAUUAUGCUCUUUUGUGGAAGACCCUUGUGGAAUUUUGGAGCUGGAAAGAAACAGCAGCGUGGUGCGGAAUGGACACUAGGCAUCAAGGACGGAGAUAAGAUGAACAGAUCCUACCGGGGGAAUUAAGAACGGAGGGGGAGAGAAAGAAUAAAGAGGGCUUUCUUUCUUUCUUUUAUUUUAUCUCUCUGUCUCUGUCUCUCUCUACCCUCCUCUCCCGCUCCACUCUUUGCAGAUGUGAUUGUUUUGUCUAUCACACAGGGCAAAGUGGAAGACAGUUCUCGGUUGGGGUGGCGGGAAGAGAGAGAGACGCAGUGGGUUACAGGAGCCCAUUGCAGCUGGAUGCCUUUCGGGACUUCUGCAGGGAAAGGACUCAGAGCGAGAAGGCUGCCAGAGAAGGCUCGGAGGGGCAGGUUCGGAGCACUACCCAGACCCCAUGCUGCCCUCACUGAUCCUCUCUCUGCUGUCUGUCCUGGCAGAAGGGGCCAGCCUGCAGCCAAUCAGAAUGAGCCACCUGGGCGUCUGCCCCAACCAGCUGAACCCCAACCUCUGGGUGGAUGCUCAGAGCACCUGUGAACGGGAGUGCCAAACGGAUCAGGACUGCGAAGGCUUCGAGAAAUGUUGCACCAACGUUUGUGGCCUGCGGAGCUGCGUGGCUGCCCGCUACGCCGACGGAAGCCUCUCCUCCCUGGAGCAGGUGCAGGAGGCCACCUGUGAGAGUUUCGUGUGCACCCAGCAGGGCUCAGACUGUGACAUCUGGGACGGGCAGCCCGUCUGCAAGUGCAAGGACAGGUGUGAGAAGGAGCCCAGCUUCACCUGUGCUUCCGACGGACUCACCUACUACAACAAGUGCUACAUGGACGCUGAGGCUUGUAUCCGGGGCAUCAGCUUAGCCGUGGUGCCCUGCAAGUACAUUUUCACCUGGCCCAACACCAGCCCCGUGCCGAUGGAAACCACCGCUUACCCGACUCCUGGCGCGGCUGCUGAGCUGCCCAUCCCGCCAGCCCUCUACAACAACCCCUUCCACCAGUCGGUCUACGUGGGCGGCACCGUCAGCUUCCACUGUGACGUGAGCGGGCGGCCCCGUCCCGACAUCACGUGGGAGAAGCAGAGCGACCACCAGGAAAACUUCAUCAUGCGGCCCGACCAGAUGUACGGCAACGUGGUCGUCACCAACAUCGGCCAGUUGGUUAUCUACAACGCGCAGCCGGAGGAUGCCGGCAUCUACACUUGCACAGCCAGGAACUCUGCUGGCCUCCUGCGGGCGGACUUCCCUCUCUCGGUCAUCAAGAAGGAGCACUCCAGAGGGGAGCCGAGGGCCUCCAGUACGCCACAGCUCCCACCUGGCGAGUGCCUGAAGGAACCCGAUAAACAGGACUGCGAGGCCCACCAAGUCCGCUGGUAUUUUGAGUCAAGGAAAGGCUCCUGCACAACGUUCCGCUACGGCGGGUGCGGGGGCAACCAGAACCACUUUGACACCUACGAGGAGUGCCAACGGGCCUGCGUCAGUAACACGGUCAACCUGUGCACCCUUCCGAUGGUGCAGGGCCCCUGUAAGAACUGGGAGCCCCGCUGGGCCUACAACCACCUGAUGAAGCAGUGCCACUCCUUCAUCUACGGUGGCUGCGAGGGCAACGAGAACAGCUUCGACAGCAAGGAGAGCUGCGAGGACGUCUGCCCCUUCCCCAAGACGUUGCAGUGCAAAGCGUGCCGCCUGAAGAACAAGAUGGUGUUGAGCCUCUGCCGCAGCGACUUCGCCAUCGUGGGGAGGCUCACGGAGAUCAUCGAGGACCAGGACUCCGGCAUCGCCCGCUUUGCCCUGGACGACGUCCUCAAGGACGAGAAGAUGGGCCUCAAGUUCUUCAACAUCAAGUACCUGGAAGUGACCUUGACGGACAUGGACUGGAACUGCCCCUGUCCCAACAUGACCACUGAAGACGGGCCCCUCAUCAUUAUGGGCGAGGUGCACGAUGGGAUGGCCGUCCUCGACCCCAACAGCUACGUCCGGGCCGCCAACGACAAGCGGGUAAAGAAGAUCUACGAGCUGCUUGAGAAGAAGACUUGCGACCUUCUCAACCGCUUCCAGGACUAGUGCAGGCUGCUGCUGCUGCUGCUGCCGCCCUUUGUGGAGAAGGGAUGACGGAAGACAAAAAGAUGUCCCUCCCCGAAGAUUCGGCCAUUCUCUUCUCAUGCCGUUGCAGCUACACAGGACUGGCUUGGAGACUGGCAGGGCAGAUUCUGCUACCCCUAGAAAACCUUCAUAUCAAAGCCGGUGAGAGUGGAGGGGUGGAAUGCCGACUCCCGUCCGCCCCUCAGGCCAGCUCUAUGGACCACCCUUUUGUUUUAAAAUGUUUUCAGUUAUUAUCGCGAUUCUGUUACAGUGAGCUCCAUUAUGCUUGUAACUACCUAUUGUCUGUUUUUGUGUGAGCUGUAAUUUAUCUGUGCCUGUGACCCCCCCUCCUCUCCAUCCCGCUCCAGCCUAUGUGAAAUUAAUAAUAAAAUAAUCCUGUGUUUCUUCUCCA